CAAUUUGAGGUUUUAGUUUCCGAAAUGGAAAUGAACCCCGCAUACGCCAAAGGUUUUAGGAAGGGCAUAAAACCUCUAAACUUCGAUAGCUAUAACUAUAGUUAUUGGAACGUGGUUGCGGAAAAAGUAAAUCCUUUUGGACCUCCAGUUCGUGAUGGAGACGGUUGGCACAAAGUAUGGAAGGACUUGAAAUUCAAGGUCAAGAAAAAACUGGUCAAAAACAAAACCGAAACGAGGGCAACAGGAGGAGGAGCCAAUAGACAAAUUCAACUGUCACCACUGGAAGAAGCGGUUGCAAAUUGGUUGCAGUUUGAGCAGCAAAUAAAUCCAAAAGGGA